UGCAUUGUGGAGAGAGAGAGAGGUGGGACCCACGUGAACAGUUUAAUUCGGCUGCCCUCUUUGUCGUCUCUGUCGUCUCCGUCCGUCUCAGUCGAUCCUUUCCCUUUGACUCUCUCCCUUCUUUCUCAUUUCUCUCUCUCUCUCUCUCUCUCUCUCUCUCUCUCUCUAGAGGAUAUAUCUAUCUUCGAUUUCUUUCACUCACUGUUCCCUUAUUUCAGAAACAGGUGUCUCUUCCUUCCUUGUUCAGAACUCUAAACGAGGAAUCAAUCAACAGGAAGGAAAGAGAGCAGAUAAAAAGAGUACAAAAAAAAAAAAAAAGACACGCCCUACUUACAUAUAUUAUAGCUCCACAGAAUCUCACAUACAGAGAAGACCCGGGAAUAGGCAGAUGCAUACGUUUUCUGGGCUUUUCAUCUUUUUCAUUAUCACUCUCCUUCAUUCAAUCUAAAUAAAUUAAUGUCCAGCUUUUUGUGAAGAUCAUUUCUGCUGCCUUCUCGCUUAAUUUAGCUCUUACUCCUUAGCUAUUGCUAUACAGAGCCAUUCUCAUGGCUGGUAGUAAUGAAGUCAACCUCAAUGAAUCCAAGAAGGUUGUUCCGCUGAACACAUGGAUCCUCAUCUCUAAUUUCAAGCUUGCGUAUAAUCUCCUUCGCCGCCCCGACGGAACAUUUAACCGUGAAUUAGCAGAGUUCCUUGAACGUAAAGUCAAUGCCAACACCAUUCCAGUUGAUGGGGUUUUCUCCUUUGAUCACGUCGAUAGAACCACAGGCCUCCUUAACCGGGUUUACCAGCCUGCCCCCGUAAACGAGGCUCAAUGGGGCAUUGUAGAGCUCGAAAAGCCUUUGAGCACCACUGAGAUUGUCCCAGUUAUAAUAUUCUUUCAUGGUGGAAGCUUCACUCACUCUUCUGCCAAUAGUGCUAUCUACGACACCUUCUGUCGCCGUCUUGUGAGCGUUUGCAAGGCUGUUGUGGUGUCUGUUAAUUAUCGGCGGUCACCUGAGUAUAGGUACCCAUGUGCAUACGAUGACGGUUGGGCAGCUCUUCAGUGGGUUAAAUCAAGAACUUGGCUUCAAAGUGGAAAGAGUCCCAAGGUUCAUGUGUACUUGGCUGGGGAUAGUUCAGGUGGAAAUAUUGCUCACCAUGUUGCAGUGAGAGCAGCAGAAGCAGAAAUCGAAGUAUUGGGUAACAUUCUUCUUCACCCAAUGUUCGGCGGGCAAGAGAGAAGUGAAUCGGAGAAGAGAUUAGAUGGCAAAUAUUUCGUUACGAUUCAAGACCGUGACUGGUAUUGGAGAGCAUAUCUGCCCGAGGGAGAAGAUAGAGAUCAUCCAGCAUGUAAUAUUUUUGGCCCCAGGGGAAGAAACCUCGCAAAACUCAAGUUCCCCAAAAGUCUAGUUGUUGUAGCUGGUUUGGAUCUUGUUCAAGAUUGGCAAUUGGCUUACGUUGAAGGGCUACAGAGAGCUGGCCACGAAGUGAAACUUCUUUAUCUCAAGCAAGCCACAAUUGGGUUUUACUUCUUGCCAAAUAACGAUCAUUUCUAUUGCCUCAUGGAGGAGAUUAAAAACUUCGUUAAUCCUAACUGUUAAUAGACUACUUACCCUUACCUUGCCUUACAGGCAGCCAAUACAUAACAGAAGCUUAACACUUCACUUGGGUUCUUUUUUUUUUCUUCUUCUCCCACUUUGCUGUGAUGGUGUGUAGUUAUAAGAAUGUGUAGUAUUACUUCUUACCAUGUCGCCGCUGGUGAUAUAUACGAAUUCUGUAUCUUUGGGGACUGCUAGUUCUUGGUCUGCAGACUGGAGCAUACUGUUCAUGUCUUCUGAGUGCAUGGCCGAUUUCUGCGGCUGCUGAGGAUCAGAACUUGUUAAUGGCAUUCAGCUGAGCCACCAGAUGUAAAUUAAUCUUACCCUGUUUCACUUCUGGCCACAAAUAAUAGCGAACGAAGAAGUGUGGGGGGUAAUGUUUGGUGGUUUGAUCAAUUGGUUUUAGUAGUAAGUUAGCAAUUUACAGCAACUAAUUUCAGACUGGAAUAUGUCCAGUCUUGAAAUUUAACUUGUAUGUUAUACUCUUUGUUCUAUAUAAAAAGAUUUUGCAUUUUUCUA